AUGGCCCCAACUCUCAUAUCAUUAGCAGCCCUUUGGCUCGCUUUCUGCAUGCCCUUUAUUCAUGCGGAAAUACAGUAUCCCACCACCCUAGAACUAGACAUCAUUUAUCCACGUCCCGACGCAAAAGCCCGCGAUGAGUGGCUCCCCGUUGUCUUCGCGAUCCAAGGUGCCGAAGCGGCAUACUACCAUGGCUUUACCAUGAGCUGGUUUUUAUACCCGGAAGGCGGGGGGGAGUUCGAAUAUGUCCAGACCUACACUCCAUCUAAUUUCGAAAAAUUCCAUUACGGAAUGCUCGAUUCCGACACAGCAAUCGUGAUCGGUGCCCGCAGCAACACCGCGACUGUUGAUACGGGGAGAUACAACUUCACCUGGGAGUUCUCUAUGGUUCCAUGUACCGUCAGCGGCAGUCUGACAACAAUAGAAAGUGCGACGGUUGUUGCGUCAGACUCCUUCUUCGUCGACAUCGUUUCUGGCGAUGCGGGCAACGUCGGUGAUCUGGAGGACUGGAUCGACAAGUGUCCUGAAGUUGGUGCGCAGGUCACGAUUGCUAGAUCGGUUAUUUCGAGCUGUCCGGUUCUUGGAGAGGGCAACCAGAGGCAUCCUGUUAAGCGGCAAAUGUGCGAUACGUUGCUGCUGGAUGCAGAGCAGCGAGGGUGUAUCCAUUCAUACUUUUCUGGUAUUGCCGAGAACGGGCAUGCGUAUACCCAGGAUAAUGGAACCAUUUCAUGCAAGACUGGGUUUGAUGUGUUGCCGAUAGAGUGGAUGGACCCUGGCUUUGAGAUAUCAACGAUCUCUUUUUCAUCCUCUACGCGCAGUUCUUCUACUUCUACAACUGCCAGCUCUUCUACGACAACAGAAAUUUCGACCGCAACGCCAGGCGUUGAUGAGGCUGCUCCGACUGGUGCCGAGUCUACGGAUAAUGACAGUAACCAGUCAGACGGCGAUGAGUCUGUUUCACCUAUACAUCUGGCUGGUUUGACUACGCUGGGGGGCUGUAUGGUGGUUGGCUUUAUAUUUCUAGGUUUCAUUUAA